AGUACUUCUGAUGUGAGAGGCGAUUGCACCUCAAUCACGGCUGCCUGUCCGCUUUAAACACAGCGCCGGUCUCAUUUACAUAUAUACACACAGAUACAUAUCCCAUGUGUCACAAACUGACAUCGUCAAAUCUGAGCUGAUUUUACACGUCGCGACACGGGGGGAAAGAUCGUGUGCUUAAAGCGGGUUUCCGGCGUGGGCGUUUCGGGACCUCAGCAUAUGAGCUGCAUGAGAGAAAAGUGGAUCAGACUCCAGCCGAAUGUCUGUGGUGGAUACGCGCAGCUGAGACGGAUCUGUGACUUUAUGCGGCCACACCUGUGACUGGACCCGCUGGUAUAUGUGGCAGUGCCGUUAAUCCGGAUCCCCAAGACGCUGAAUCGAAGCCUCUUGUCUGGGCCGCUCUCUUAUCUCGCCUGCUCUUCUAACUUCUCCUUCUCGCCUCUAAAACGGCUCCCGCCUGCCGCCUGCUCAUCCUGCUGCCUGAGUUUUAAAUGCAGCCUUCAGGAGUCUUCAGGAGUCUUAAGUGCCCCAGAUGCAUUAACCGCUGGCACUUUCAAGGAAAGUCUGAAGCCUUCCGGUCCUACUCACAUGGUGAAAUCCUUGACUUUCAGCCUUCCAGCUGAUUGCUGACUGUCCUGCAGUAAAUAGAUGCACCCCAAGACAGAUUAGCUUUUCCAGUUUUGAAGCAGGGAAAGUUAGGCAGUCUGCUGCCUUGUGCUUAAUAAUUGAAAUAAUGGCAUCUGAAGGCUUUCAAUACCGUGCGCUUUUUGAGUAUAAGAAAGAGAGGGAAGAUGACAUCUCCCUGCAGCCCGGCGACACCCUCAUUGUGAACAAGGUGUCUGUGCUGACGGCCGACUACCAGGACGGGGACGAGAAGGCCCCCAAGGGGUGGCUGCAGGGCACCAAUGAGCGAACCAAAGAGAAAGGAGACUUCCCCGGCACUUUCGUGGAGUACGUCGGCCUGGUGAGGAUGGCCCCCCCCGUCGCAAAGCCGUGGGCCAGACCCGUACCGCCGACCCCAGGGGCAGCGGCCGGGGCAGGGCCCCCCGGCCAGGUGGAUGGUUCCGAGGCGCCGGCACUUCCGGACCUGGCCCCCCUGGUGAUACUGAGACUCACCGAGUCCCUGGAGAGAGAUGGAUGGGAGAGCGAGGCCCUCUACAGAGCCCCCCCUGCCUCCUCCGGACCCCCAGAGUUACGGCAGGCCUUAGACACAGAUCCCGCCUUGGUAGACCUCAUGCAGUAUGAGCUCCCCAUCCUGGCUGACACGCUGAGGGGAUACCUGCAAGAUCUUCCAUCCCCGGUCGUCCCAGCUGCCAUCUACAGCGAGCUGGUCUAUACGGCUCAAGAGACCCCGGCCAUUGAGGAGUGCGGCCAGCAGCUCCGGAGGAUCCUCUACUCCCCCAGCAUCCCUCACACCAACCAGCAGCUCCUGCUGCACCUGACGCGGCAUCUGUGUAAGGUGGGGCAGGCCCCCGGUGCCGUCGGGCCGCGGCUGCUGGGACACGCCUUUGGCGACCUGCUCUUCCGACGUUGUGUCUCCAGCACUGACGUAAACCCAGAGCACCACGUGAAGAUCGUCGAGGCCCUGCUGGUGGCUGGGGGCUUGGUGGAGAUGCUGGCUGCCCCAGCUCUUCCCCCCAAGCCGACCAAGCCCAUGACGCCCAUCAACAGCAACGGCGUCAAGGACGCCCCCAGCAGUUCACUUCAGGACGCCGAGUGGUACUGGGGUGACAUAUCAAGGGAGGAAGUCAACGAUAAGCUCCGGGACAUGCCAGACGGCACCUUCCUGGUUCGUGACGCCUCCACCAAAAUGCAGGGGGACUACACACUAACACUGAGGAAAGGUGGCAACAACAAGCUGAUAAAGAUCUAUCACCGGGACGGAAAAUACGGCUUCUCCGACCCAUUGACCUUCAGCUCCGUGGUGGAGCUGAUCAGCCACUAUCGCCAUGAGUCCUUGGCCCAGUACAACACCAAGCUGGACGUAAAGCUCAUGUACCCCAUAUCCCGCUACCAGCAGGAUCAGCUGGUGAAAGAAGACAAUAUCGAUGCUGUUGGGAAGAAGCUUCAGGAAUAUCAUAGUCAAUAUCAGGAGAAGAGCAAGGAGUACGACAGACUAUACGAGGAGUACACAAAGACCUCCCAGGAAAUCCAGAUGAAGAGGACGGCAAUCGAGGCCUUCAACGAAACCAUCAAGAUCUUUGAGGAGCAGUGUCACACGCAGGAGCGCUACAGCAAAGAGUACAUUGAACGCUUCCGUAGGGAGGGGAACGACAAAGAGAUUGAGAGGAUCAUGAUGAACUAUGAGAAACUCAAGUCACGCCUGGGCGAAAUCCAUGACAGUAAAGUCCGCCUGGAGCAGGACCUGAAGACGCAGGCGCUGGACAACAGAGAGACGGACAAGAAGAUGAACAGCCUGAAGCCAGAUCUCAUCCAGCUGCGCAAGAUCAGGGAUCAGUACCUUGUCUGGCUGAACCAUAAAGGUGUGCGUCAGAAACGCAUCAACGACUGGCUCGGCAUCAAGAACGAGAAUGCUGAAGAGGCUUAUUUUGCGACGGAGGAGGACGAGAAUCUGCCACACCAUGACGAGAAGAGCUGGUUCGUGGGUGAUCUAAACCGCACGCAGGCCGAGGACCUUCUGCUGGGCAAACUGGACGGCGCCUUCCUCAUCCGCGAGAGCAGCAAGAAGGGCUGCUAUGCCUGUUCUGUGGUGGUGGACGGGGAGGUGAAGCACUGUGUGAUCUACAGCACGCCGCGCGGAUUCGGCUUCGCCGAGCCCUACAACCUGUACGGCAGCCUGAAGGAGCUGGUGCUGCACUACCACCAGACGUCACUGGUCCAGCACAAUGACUCCCUGAACGUGCGGCUGGCCUACCCCGUCUACGCACAGAUGCCAUCCCACCGCCGAUGAGCUUGGGUCCAGACACAUGCACGCACAGUCAGGAAGAAAAGCGCAGGGGGUGGAGGGGGAGGGGGGGGACACCUCUCGGACGAGGAGGACCAUUUCGACAUUAACCCUUCGCUGCAGCACAUGCGUGUCUGCCACCUUGGAGUUAUGUUAUAUAUAUAUAUAAACAUAUAUUUUUACUAGCACAUUUGGAGGGCAUUCUUUAUAAAGAUCGCUUGAUUUGCACAAGGAAGCUGUAAUGUUUCGUGAAUGUGAAGCAGGGGGAACGAGAGCAGCGGCGUUCCGGGAGAUUCCGCCGCGCUCCAUCUGAGACUCGUUAAGGUGUCGUCCUGUUAGCUCACCUUCCUGACGUCGUCGUCGUUAACGUUCCUCGUUCACUUCCUCGCCUGGUUGCAAAGGACGGCGUCUCUUCCUGGUUAGAAACAAAAAGCUAAAAUAAUGUAGCAGUACGGACAAGACGUUUCACAUUUCCGGAUGUUUCGCGGGACGAGGUCUCAGUGGGAGGUGUUUGUGUGUGUGUGUGUGUGUGUGUGUGUGUGUGUGUAAUUUUUUUUUAUACCAAUAAGAGCACAGUUGGGUUUUUCCCGCUCUUUUAGCCUGCGUUUCCAGUGCCGCAUUUCUCUCGUGCUGCGUCACUCCGGCAGAGACAAGGCUUCAGUGACGUUUUGUCAGGAAUACAUGCAGCUUCGGUUCACGGCAAUAUUCUCUAGCUUGUACCACACAUUUUGAGUUGGUGCUCUUAAAUUACAGCUCUGUACUUAAUUGACCAAAUUGUGUGCACAGAGAUCCUUGGUUUGAAGCACUUAUUUACCAGAAACACCUGCAGCUGCACAAUUUUUACACCAAAUCUUAGAACGUGGGGAGAAGAUCCUAGUCAUUGUGUUUGAAAUGUGUAUGCAUAUGCUAGUCUUCUAAGCAGCAAGCUUUUUUGGUUGUUUAUAUCUACUUUGCACCUAUGUGAAACUUUGAAUUAUUCAACGUACAUGAAGCUGGAACAACGAUUGAAGACACAGGCUUUGGAAGACCGAAGAAGACUUGAAUAAAGUGCAAUCCAACACGUAUUGAUAGUAGGGUAGAAGUCUACCAGAACGCUGCACUAACCCUGAGUGGGAGGGAUGUCAGAUAAUCAGGCUCGACCUUGGCAGGAAGGAACCGGAGAGAUGAGGACUAUGCUUAUGGAAGCAUUUGACGGUGAUGGCUGGCACAGUGACCUUGCUGCACAGCAUCCACAUCCCUUCGCUAGUUUAGCCCGAAUGCUGGUGAGCUUCUUCAGGCCUGUGGUGAGAUUUACCAGUUAGAUUCUCAGCGUAGGCCAGCUGAUCCUGAAAUCUUGGUAACUAGUCAUGUUGCAGAACAGAAAUUUGCCGUGGUGGGACUUUUUCCUUCUUUUAAAGUUCUGGUACAGCCCCAUUAUGGAAAUUUUGGACAUUAGGGAAAACUUUGGUUACGCAGAGCGGAGUGCUUUUAAAGUCAGACCAAAUUUAAAUUUAGGUGCUGGGGAGAGGGGGAUUGAACCCCUUCCCCCCCAACUGAUGUUUGGACAGUUUUCUCCCAAGUAAUUCAAACAUUUUGAACUUGUGUUUAAGUUCAUAAGUACCCCCCCCCCCCCGCAGGCCCUUGCUCACGUACUGAUUGGAGGUCAUUGUGCCAUGUGCUGUCAGCAGCUGUCCAUCGUUAUGCACAGGGUCGGCGGUUCGACUCGGCGUGAUGUCGUUGUUGGUACAAGCUCAUGCUGUUGGCUAGGUGGAUGUGUGGAGGAGCAGAAGUGCGGCCUUUGAAGCCCCCCGCUCUUUAAAAACCUGCCCACCUUGCUCUGUCCAUGGGAUAUUUUAUGCCCGUGGGGGGGGGGGGGUUGUGAGGCAUGAGCCGACCCCCCCCGGGACUCUUGUCCUUUAGCCUCUGCACCAGGUGGUGCCGGGUUACUGACCUCACCUCGUGCCCAGAGCGAGACGACUUGAGGUAGGGGACUCGUCCUUUUUGGCGGGAUCCCAGCCACGCAAACCCAUCGGCGGCCGUUAUCUGGUCACCUUUUGCUUUCGUCGUUGUGUUAAAGACGCAGCCAAAGGCCUGUUUUUCGGGACGCUGGUGUCAGCGCUGACCGGCGGCCUUCCUUGAUGCUGAAAUCCUCCCACUCCUCUGGAAAACAGGCUCUCGCUCGUCGUUCAUGAAGGCCGUGUAUCUUAACGCCAUUUUUAUUGUUUUUCUCCUUAAUCUAGGACCUCCGAAGGGCCCUGUGUCUUACUUGAACAAUGGCAUUGGUCACUGUUGAAUGUUUUUAUAUGAUCUAUAUAGAGAUAUACAUAUAUAAAUAUACAUUUUAUUGAGAAAAGGACAAAAAAAAACUUAUGCCAAGCGAAACUUGAUUCGAAGUCUUGAUUUUUAAUGGCAUUUGGAAACGUUUGGGAGUCUUGAAGUUCGUUGCAGGGGGGGGGGGGAGUUUUAGUUCUGAAGUUUGGGGAGGGUUGCUAGUCUUUGAUGUGGAGCUCGUAUUUAAAACUGUGACUUCUGCGGUGAUUUUGCCCACUUCCAGGGCACUGGGCUUGUGCUAUAGAAACCCCUGAUGCCUGUGUGAGGGAUUGUUUGGGGGGGGGGGGUUCUCUGACCAUUUUUCUUCAUCGCACCCCCGUUUCCCGAGGCAUUGAGACCAAAGAUUUAAGUUUACUCAGUUUGUUAGAUAGUUACAAAGGGAUAGAGAGCUUUUUGGUUAAUUUUUUUUUUGACUCUCCAUACUUGAGUUGCUGGGACAUUGAAGAAAGAGCCGACAGACUUUCCCUCAGACACUCUUUCAUAGUGCUUGAGGCAAAGGAUCAUGGGAAGGCUGUAGGAUCCAUCACCGUGGGGGGAGGGUGGGACUUAGGUCAACCAAUGGCAAACUCCCUCCUAAAACUGCUGGGACUGAUUUGAAAAAUGUUAAAUCUCACUUGUUAUAGGUUUGACAUCUUUGUCAAACAGAGAGGGUUGCUUUUAAGGUUCUCCAGACAUAUAUAUAUAAUGCCUCCUCCACUGUUCAGGAACUCAGCUUUGUAUCUCCCCCCAAGAUAUCACCCUCUGCUCUACGAUUUGCACACUCCAAUCUGGAGACAUGGGUGGCGCCGUUGUCCUGUAUCAAACGCACGUGGCCACGCCUUUCCUACCCUGCUCGUUUUCGUGGUUCGUCUUUAACGGUAACGUGAUUGUCAUUAUCUGCAGGGCAGGACAGGCCCGGCACGUGCCGUCUCCGGUUUACCGAUGGGGGGGGACUCUCGUUUGCUCAUUCCAGCAGGCCUGCAAUAUUCCUGUUUUUAUGCUUCAGGGACAAAAGAGCAUUGCUUGGGGAUUCAUUUAAGGAAUUCGCCUUCCAGAAUGAUCAUUUGGGGCUGGGGGGAGUGGCUCGAAUCUGUAUUCAUCAGAUUAUUAUUAUUAUUAAAGUGUAAAAGCUGUUAUGUUCCCAAACUGCCAUGCGUAUGUGUUCACUCAGUCUUGUGAAAGUUUGGGGUUUGCUGGGGGAAUAAUACAGAUCAGGAGACAGACUGGGGGGGGGGGGUGCUCCUGAACUGUUACUGCACCCCCAUCCUGUCCUCACACAGCCCUGCAAAGUUCUAUUUGCAGUUGGGUUUAAAACGUGAUUCUCACAGAGUUUCUCUAGUGUUCUGACGUCAGGUCCCGAACCUUGACGUUUCUUGAAUAUAGCAUCUUGAAAAAGAAAAAAAAAAUUUUAAAAAUCACUUUGUCCCCCCCUUUUUGGCGUACAUACUGAAUCCCAGCAUGCAUCUUUGGUACUCUUAACUGUUGUUUUUUGUGAAAUAAAAAAAAAAAAAAAAAAAACAGAAAAAAGUAAAGAACAGUUCUGUGUCUGUUUAUGGUGUAUUCCAAUCUGAAUUUAAUAUAGCUGACAGAACAAAUCACAGCUUUCUGUUAAAAUGCAUUAGAGGCCUGUAAAACUGUACAACUACAGUGGUCACAAUACAACUGAAAAAACGCUGUAAAUACUGAGAAAGAGGACCAGCGCAGCAAUAGACGACAUGCUGGCCCUGCGGGGAAUCCAUCUUUUCCUUUAAAUCGCUGUUUGGUACAGUGUGCGUGCCUGUAGUGGCCUGUAAGGCAUUGCAGCCUGUGAGAGCCAUGUAAACACAAGAUAAGACGGACAUUUGCAAUGUAUUUAAACUUUUUACACAAAAUGUUGGUAAUUUUGUCUUUUUAGAAACCACUUUGUAUGCUUUCUAUCUUCAUAUAAGCAAUAUAAAACAAGCUGGCUCAGUGACCUGCCAAUUUUCCACAGAAGAGUUUGACAUAAUCAGUUUUUUUUUUUAAAUAACCUACCCUGAUUGGUCGCCAAUAGGCGGCCUCUUGUACAUCUAUUUGACUACAUAAUGGUUGUAUUUGUACAUAUCUGGCUUCUGGCUCUGUCUUACAGGCAGAAACGUCCUCUUUUUCAGUAUUAAAGUAUCUUCGCUUCAGGCAUAUAGUUAACCUUCAGUUACACUCUUCACCACAGUACAGUUGUUUGUGUACCUGUUGCAAUAGUUUGUAUUGGUUGUAGACUCCAUUUGUUAUGAAACUGAUGUAUAUUACCAACCAAACUCCACAAUACUCAUUUCUCUUGCAGAAAUAAAGAAUAUUUUGUUCAGA